UUUCAGCUGGAGUUCAAUAAUGAUCAAAUUGAAGAAUUCAGGGAGGUCUUUGAACUCUUCGACCGGACUCAAAAGGGCGAACUGAAAAUCACUUACGGGCAAUGUGGGGAUGUCUUGAGGUCCUGUGGCCAGAACCCCACCCAGGCAGAAGUCCAUAAAGUCCUCGGACGCCCGAAACCAGACGAGAUGAACACCAAGAUGCUGGACUUUGACACGUUCCUGCCCAUGCUCCAGCACAUCGCCAAGACCAAAGACACGGGGACCUACGAGGAUUUCGUGGAGGGCCUGCGCGUCUUCGACAAGGAAGGGAACGGCACCGUGAUGGGAGCGGAGCUGCGCCACGUCCUGGCGACCCUCGGUAAGGCUG